AUGCCUCUCUUUAACUUUCGAAAAAAGAAAGUCGACACCACAUCUACCACACUUCGCAAGACAAAAUCCACUGGCAACAUUCUCUCUGCUCCUGCCACCAACCCUGCAACGGCAGCUGCACUUGCAGCAGCAACGGCUGCAUCAUCCAAACCAGCACCUACUCCUAUUAUCAUCAAAUCAACACCUGCAUCACCUGUAUUAAAGCCAACCAAUACCAAUCAUAAAGAACCUGCUGCUACAGGAAGCACGAGUAGCAGUGGUAAUAGUAGCAGCGAAAGCGAUGAUGAAGAUGAGACAGGUGUCAGCAGCAGCAGUGAGGAGGAGGAUGAUGCCAGUAGCAUUGCAAGCCUGCCACCUACCACAAGAACCAACCAACAUCAUCAUUCCACUCACAUGACAGUUCCACGUGUUGCCAUGAAAAAAAGCAACUCGUCUCCUUCGACACCCCAUGAAAUUGACAACCACAAUCCCAAUCGCUCCUACUUUUCACCCAACGACCUGGAUCGAUUGUUAUCCAUGGAAACAGAAGCUCGCAUUGAAGCACAAGAAAAAAAGAAGGCUGAAGAAGAUGCAAAACCUACACGUCCCACACGUCUCAAGUUUGAAUUACCAGAGACACCUUCUCGAUCCCGAUCACCCGCUGCCGGUGCCUAUUCAGCUUAUUCUCGUCCUCGUCAACGAUGGUCCCUCCCUGAUGAAAAAAUGUUACAUCAACGUGGUAAAAAGAAAAAGAAAUCACGCAAAUCGCGAUGGUCAAAGAUCAUGGGAUCAGAUGAUGAUGACGAUGAUACACCAAGACCAUUCCAGAUCGGUGACAAGGUGCGUCUUUUGCAUCGUCCUCUUCCUAUCCAUGGUUUUAUCCGAUACAUGGGCCCUGUGGAUUUUGACUCGGGUGACGAUUGGCUUGGUAUUGAAUUGGAUAGUCGAGUCGGAAAGAACGAUGGCAGUGUUGAAGGAAAACGCUAUUUUCAAACAGAUCCCCAUCGGGGCAUAUUCCUUCGAAAGUCGGAGGUCGACUUUGUGUAA